AUGGCAGCACUUACAAGCAAAGAUGAGCCACGGACAGCUGAGUAUGCUGGCGAUGAGGUAUCUGCAAUUGUCCUAGACCCUGGCUACGCUUCGACAAGAGCAGGCUUUGCUGGUGAGGACGCCCCUAAAUCGAUCGUGCCAUCCAACUAUGCAUUCUACCAGGACGCCUGUCUGUUUGGCGACCAUGUCAUCGAUGUCCCCCGAGAUAAUGUCGAAAUCAGAAACCCAUACUCUAGGGAUGGCAUAGUUGAGGACUGGGAUACAGCAGAAAAGUUAUGGAAAUAUUCCUUCGCUUCCAAAUUGACGGGCAUACGGCCCAACAAGGCACUUCAGGAGUGGCUCAACGAUGUUAACGCCGUGCCUAACCUGCAGAAGGCCAUGGCUGACGCUGAAGAUACUGAACGAGCUUUGGAAGACCAUCCUUUGUUCAUGAGCGAACCGAAUUGGAACCCGAUCAAGAACCGUGAGAAAGCAAUCGAAAUAGCUUUGGAAAAGUGGGCGGCACCAGCUUUCUAUAUCUCCAAAUCCAGCGUAUUGUCUGCCUUCAGCAUGGGAAAGUCGACAGCUCUGGUCAUCGAUAUCGGCGCCUCUCAGCUCUCGGUAGCGGCUGUACACGACGGCAUGAUCCUUCGAAAAAGUAUAACACGCUCACACCUAGGCGGCAACUACAUUUCCUCGCAGAUUCGAAGCAUGCUCGCUACCCACGAUCCGCCGAUCACCAUCAAUCCUCACUACAUGGUCAAAGCCAAGCAGCCCGUCGAUGCUGGUCAGCCGGCGAAUGCGAUACUCAAAACAUUCGAUCAAUUCAAACAGCCACCACAAACAUCCUACCACAGAUAUCAGGAAGAGAAGACAAUACUUGAAUUCAAAGAAGUAUGCUUACAGACCUGGGCUUCUGGCACUUCAUUCAGAGGUCAGGGCGAAGCUAUAGCACGAGAGCAAUACGCACACCCAUUCGAGUUUCCGGAUGGUUACAACCAAACAUUUUCUUCAGAUCGCUUCAAGAUCGUGGAGACACUCUUCGAUGCACAGUGUCAUUCGCCAAGCCCUGCUGGAAGUUUGGAUGCACAAUAUUACCCGGCGCCAGAGCAGAAUCAAACCAUACCAGGUCUGGUGAAAUUGUGCAUCAAUCAAUGCGAUGUCGAUCUUCGACCAAUGCUGUUAGCGAGUGUAGUCAUAACCGGAAGCGCUUCGUUAAUCAAAGGUUUGCCAGAUCGAAUCCAAGGAGAAUUGACCAGGAUGUAUCCAAGCACGAAAGUUCGUGUCAAUGCUGCAGGCAUGCCUGUGGAGCGAAAGUUUGGAAGCUGGAUUGGGGGUAGCAUUGUCGCUAGCCUGGGAACAUUUCAUCAAAUGUGGAUUUCGAAGAAAGAAUACGAGGAGCACGGUGCAAGUAUCAUCGAAAAAAGAUGCAAGUGA